ACCGCCCCAGGCUGGGACACACUCAGAGAUGGCAUCUCCAGCGCUCGAGGUAAUCUCCCCUCUGCAUGCAUUCAGGGGCCUUAGAGAAUCCUGACUUAGCAGCAAUUGGGUUUUCUCAAGCCAGGUGGAAGCUAAGCCCCAAGGAGCUGAUAAAAGAAGAAGCCCGCUAUGGCUCUAGCCCACUGGCUAUGCUGACAGCCACCUGCAAUAAAUUCGGAGGCUCGAGUCCAAUCCGGGAUUCGGCCACUCCGGGGAAAGCAGGGGGAAAUCCGGGAAAGAAAUUGUACCAGUUGGGUGCUGAGAUCUCCGUGCCCAAAGUCCGUGGCUCUGAGGCCAUGGGGGAUUCCUACACUGCUGCCUUCCCCAGUGGGAACGGCCUGAUGUCGCCUUCCACCAGCCCCCAGGCUUCCACCACCUACUGCAAUGACUACAGCCCCUUCUCCCACUCCUUCCCGACCUCCUCUAGCUCUCAGGACCCAUCGUCCCUCCUGGUCUCCAAGGGACACCCUUCGGCCGACUGCCUUCCCAGCGUCUACACCUCCUUAGACAUGACCCAUCCUUACGGCUCCUGGUACAAAACUGGCAUCCACCCCGGGAUCUCGGGCAGCUCCAGCAAUGCCACAGCCUCCUGGUGGGACAUGCACUCCAACACUAACUGGCUGAGCACCCAGCCCCAGUCGGAUGGCCUGCAGGGCUCCCUUCAGUCCAUGCCCACCCAGUCUUCCCUCAGCCCCCAGCUGCCUAGCUACAGCUCCGACUUCACCCCCUUGAAUCCUGCCCCAUACCCGGCAGUGGGCAUCACCUCCUCCUCCCACCUACUCCCCUCCAGCCAGCACAUGCUGUCCCAGGAGAUGUACAAGCCCAAGCCGGUGGCCAACAACUCCCUGAUGGAGAGCGGGAUUGGACUGAAGGCGCCGCGCAGUGGUUCUUUCGGGGGCACCACCGGCCGUUCGACAUGCGACUGCCCCAAUUGCCAGGAGCUGGAGCGCCUGGGUGCCUCGGCUGCCAGCCUCCGGAAGAAGCCCAUCCACAGCUGCCACAUCCCGGGCUGCGGGAAGGUGUACGGCAAGGCCUCGCACCUGAAAGCCCACCUGCGCUGGCACACGGGCGAACGCCCCUUCGUGUGCAACUGGCUCUUCUGCGGCAAGCGCUUCACGCGCUCAGACGAGCUGGAGCGCCACGUCCGCACCCACACCCGAGAGAAGAAGUUCACCUGCCUGCUCUGCAACAAGCGGUUCACGCGCAGCGACCACCUCAGCAAGCACCAGAAGACCCACACCGAGAUGGGGGCUGCCAAGCCCCCCGAGGGGGAGGCUGAGCGGGAGGAGGCGGCUGCUGGGGGCUCGCCCGGUGCCACCAUGCAGGAGGGCUUAGCCAGCGAUGACAAGGACACCACCAGCCCCGAGCAGAGCAGCUUGCUGGAGAUCUAAGCCGGAGGGUCUCCUCCGGCUCGUCCUUCUCCUCCUUUUCCUCCCUUUUUUAAUC